AUGGCGGACGUGGUGACGCCGCGCGUGCGUCUCGUGGUAAAGAGCGCUGCGGGCGUGGGCGUCGCACAGGCAACAGGCGGCGCAGAAGCGGCUUUCGAUCCCUACUGCCAAGCGCAAUGCGGUGAGGUGGUGCUACGAACUGCCGCGAAGGCGAAGACGACGACGCCAGAGUGGAUGCAGCACUUUACGUUUGGUGUCAAGAAGCCGCUGGGCACUGCCGUGAAGUUGAAAGUCUUUGGGAUGAACGAGCGCGGGAGGGACGUGCUGCUGGGCAGCGCCGUGCUACAGAUUGAGGAGCUGACGCCCGAGGCGACGACGACUCAUGAACUGACGCUAGUGGACGCUACAGGAGCUGGUUGUGGAGAGCUGGUGGUUGAGGCCACGUACGAGCCAAAGUACACGACGCCGUCGCUUCGAACUGAAACUGCUACGGCGCCGACGCCAACGGCCACGAAACUGGCAGCUCCCGUGUCUCCAAAGAGCAGUCGACUAGCGGAACCUGCGGCAACACAAGAAGACGAGACGGCAGCAGAGACGACGAGUGAUGCUGCAAGUGUCGCAGCUACUGAGUCAGUGCCGAAUGCGGACGGAAAUGAAGCUCGACCGUUCGCACGACCUCCAAAUGUCUAUGUCGUGACGAUCCUAAAGGCGACUGGGCUGCCUGCUUGUGAUGGCACAGGCCCUGAGGCAACGAGUGACCCGUACGUGCUUGUCACGUGCACAAAGAACGUGUCACAGCAGACGAGGACGCAGCAGCAGACACUGCAUCCGACGUGGCGACAGCGAUUUUACUUCUCGGUUGCUCCCGAAAAGAAGCAGCUUUUGGAACUGGUGGUGAAAGACAGCGAUCUACUUACGAGCAGCUUUAUGGGACGAUGUGUCAUCGAUCUAGACGAGUUCACGAAGCGCUCGUUCGGCAAGAAGCAAACGUUUUGGCUGGUGCUGAUGCAACAAUCAGAUGCGAAGAGCACAAACGCUGGCAGUGACUUGAGACUGAACCGCGAAGCGGACGGUGGAAGUGGGAAAAUCUGUCUUGCGAUUGAAGCCAAGUACCUUGACCAAGAUGUUAGCAGCUUUGAGCAAGGAGAGAUUGACAACGUCACUGAAGUUCCCAGUGAAAGCGAGCUAUAUGGCUUGGGAAGUGAAAUAUAUGGCGCCGGGGACGACAAUGAAGGAGGCGGUGCUAAUCGUGACCACCAUACGGACGAUGGGACAGCCGGUGAUGGGGACGAUGACGAAAUCAUUGCGAAGCAAACAGAAGCUGAAUCCCAGCGAAAGAAAGAAGAAGAAGAGCGUCAAAAGAUGCUGACUGAGCUGUCCAAGGUACAGUUCCAAUCAGGUGAUUAUCAGAUUCGAGUGCGGAUCAUUGAAGUUCGUGAUCUCCAGCCGAUGGAUGCCAAUGGUUUGUGUGAUCCCGUCGUGUCAGUUGAGUGCCUUGGCCAACGGCAGCAUACUAUGGUGAAGCAGAAGCAGCUCUCGUGUGUUUUCGAUGAGUACUUGUACUUCGACUUCAAAAAUUUAGACAAAGAAACGAUCCAACAAGGAAGCGUCCAGAUAUCGGUGUUCGACGCUGACGGUCCAGGCUCGUCCACGAAUCGGCCGGCGAUAGCUCGAGUGUUCGAUGAUCUCGUGGGUUUCUUUUCGAUUGACAUCCCGUACGUUUACUUCCAGCCUGAUCAUGAACUCAAGCGAAAGUGGGUGGCUUUGGUCGGAAGUGGAGCAACCAACAGUGACUGCAUUCAAGGCUACGUUUUACUUUCACUUGCUGUGUUAGGACCUGGAGACAAGAUGAAGCUGUAUAAUACUGCAGAAGAUAGAGACCCGGACGAACAUCUGGUGAAGACAAAGGCAGACAUCAGUUCCAUGGUCCUUGUUCCUCCCCGCGUGACCCAGACAUUGAGUUUCCUGGUCAUUACGAUUUAUCGAGCUGAAGAACUACCCGACAUGGACUACAGCAUGAUGAUGCAUGGAGGAAUCGAUGGAUACAUUCGAGCAUACUUUGCUGGUCAAGACGUGCUGGAGACGAAGAAGGUGACGGUCAAGGGAAGUGAGAAUUUACAAGUGACAUACAAUCAAGAGCUGUGGUUCCCCGUGCUCUUGCCGACAAUGAGCGACAACAUCUUCUUGUCUGUAUGGGAUUGGGAUAUGACCGCAACAGACCAGCUUCUUGCCAACGUUCUGCCACCGUUUUCGUUCAAGCAGGUACAGCGUUACCCCGACCUAUUUAAGUACGUGUGGGCAAACUUGUACGGACCCCCUGUAGGGUACGAUGCCAAUUCGGGCCCUUCUCAAUAUAUGUUGAACCGCCCCGCACAAGCCAGUAUGUACCGGGGACGUGUUUUGCUGUCGCUACGAACCGAGAAUGGGUCGCAAUCAGUAAAUGAUAACGCCCACGUAAGGACAGUGCUGAACACGGAUAUCAGGCCAAAGAUGAAGAGGUACACUCUGCGCGCCGCACUAUUCUACGGGACGGAGAUUCCUGCUUUUACGAGCAAAACGAACUGGAACCGAAACGCGCGAAUGCUGUUGAAGAUUUCAGUGGGUCGCCAUACUGUAGAAAGCUCGCGAGUCCACAAUUUAUCCGGUAUUUGCCACUUCAACCAGUAUCUCGAUAUCGUGGACGUGGAACUUCCCGCAAGCUUAGACCAAGUGCCUGACGUGUUUGUACAUCUUGUCCGUCCGACCAUGAGCGAGUCACGGCCUAUCUGUUUCGCUCGUUUUAAGGCGCAAGAUCUGUUUUGUCAAGACUCUGAGACACUUAAGACUAUGGCACCACCUCAGUGGGUCGUGCUUAAUGAAGACAAGGUCCUAAACGAGCUCAAUGAUCACGACUUUAACGGUAAUAUUCUGAUGAAUCUGCGCUUAGAAGAUGCGGUUCAGAUUAGGCGCAACGAGGAAGAGGCUGCGCAGCGUUGGCGACAGUACGCGAGCACGACAGUGCAGUACAUGAAAUACGUGCUCUUUGUUCAUGUUUUCCAAGGCAAAUGCUUACCAGCUACUGACGUCGACGGUUUGCUGGACCCUUAUGUGAAGGUGGUCUGUGUCGGAUCUGAAGGCCGAGUUAGCACACGAACGUCAACGCGAGACCCUUGCUUCUACGAGACGGUCGUUCUCGAUGUGGAGCUACCCCAGGAUGAGAAGUUCUUACCCAAAGUGUCGCUCCAGAUUUAUGACUGGGAUCGAUAUGAUGCGGACGACUAUGUCGGAGGUCUGAAGCUGAGUUUGGGAGAAUUUCCGCAGAUGUCUUCGUCUGAUUAUUCCAAGAUUCGUUCGAUUGGCGAGUAUUCGGCUCCGCGUCCGAAGUGGUUUCCCAUAAGCUAUGAAAAACCUGGUGAUACCCAAGGUGAGCUGCUCUUAUCGUUCGACCUUAUCAAGAAAGACACACCGGGGGUCAUUGUAGAACCACCUGAGUCCAUUUGUCCACCUACCGAAGAUGCUUUUGUCGAGAUCAUGUGUCUAGGAUGUCGUGGCUUACAACCAAAUGGUUUUGCGCCUAUCAAUACCCCCUUUGCAAAGUUUGAAGUUGGCGGAAUGACCAAAACAAACCAGCCCAAGUUUACAAACCCAUCUUCCAAGCCGAGUAGUCGGAACCCAAAUUUUUUGCAACGGGUUGUGAUUCCAGUCAAAAUGCCGAUUGAUGUGCUUUUCGCACCACGCCUUAGCAUAACGGUGUACGACCAACUCUUUGGUGGAUUCUACAAGCCGGUGAUCGGUGUUUGUUCCAUAGACCUUAGCAAAAAGAUGCCGUAUUCGAACGGACAGCCGAAUCCUUUGUACAAAGACGAGUGUAGUAAAAGCGACCGUAGGAGAAACCCGUACGUCGAUUGCGGCGACGAUCUAUCGACAUACCCAGGCACGAUCCCCUCCGAAGUACUGAGCGCUCAGUCACAUGACGACGACGAAGACGAACUUCCGCACUACAUGCAACAGCGUGAUGUCGUUGAUGGCGAGCUGGAAGAUACGCUCGACUCUCCAUUUGAGACCUAUGCACUUUUUCGAGGUUCCAUGCCAGCACAUAGUGGAUGCCAUUCAAGUGAACAGUCCUUGAUGAGCUACCGUUCAGUCGGGAAGUUUAAAGGCACCGUGCGUAUUCUGAAAACGCGAGACCAAACCCCUCUUUUCGAUUUGGACCAGUUUCUGAACCCGCGGCCAUACCUUGUCCGCGUCUACGUCUUGGAUGCGGCGAACUUGAUUCCAAAGGACGUAAAUAACAGCUGCGAUCCAUACUUGCGAGUGAGUCUUGGCGAUGGGAGACGCCAUGAGCAGGUGUUUAGUGACCGCAGCAAUCAUCAAUCGGAGACGCUGACGCCAAAAUUCCACAAGAUGUACGAGUUCAAGGCGGAUCUACCAGGCGCGUCCGAGUUGAAGCUGGAGGUGCUGGACUAUGACUUUUUCGCAAUACCUACGUUUCCAAGCGGCCUGAGUAAAGCACUGGGCGCUGCCGUAGAAAAUACGGUCUAUGGCGAUGAUUUUGUGGGCGCAACUCUCAUCGAUUUAGAGGAUCGAUGGUUUGACGCGAAGUGGCAGAAUCUCGGUCGUCAGAUUGACCGGCCCGAGCACCGCAAGCCACUGGAGGUUCGUUCUCUAUUCGCACCUUCCAGUACGCUUCCGCAAGGCAGCCUCCGUCUGUGGGUGGACAUCCUGAGUGGAGCUGAGAUGAAAGUAGCAAAGCCGCUGGACAUCUCGCUGCCACCUUCGCAGGCAUUCGAAGUGCGCGUGAUAAUCUACAAAGCUAAGAAUGUGACAGCAGGGGACUUUACCGAUCUGAGCGACUUGUUUGUAAAAUGCUGGCUCCAAAAUCGUGACGACAAGUCUCAAACUACCGAUACACACUGGCGAGCGAAGCACGGGCGUGCGUCGUUCAACUGGCGCAUGAAAUUUGACAUUGAGCUACCGCUGGACCCAAAACGGGAAGCCGAUCGUGGUUGCCUUCACUUUCAGAUGUGGGAUCGCGACGUCGUUUACGAUGACUGUCUUGCUGAUUCAGUGGUGGACCUGACGCCGUUUCUCAAGAUGGCGUUCAAGACGAAACAAGCUGUAAAUGUGUUCGCCAAACCCAAGCCAGUGCGCAUCCGCGGAAGUGAAACGUUGCCGUACGAAAGACCUUCUCGUUACUCAGGGUACUCUGGUACGGAAGACGCCACGUCUGCACCUCGCUUGCGUUCUCCUCGUUCAGACGAAGUUGUGCUCUCGAUCCCUGAUGAAGACGGAAUACCUAUCGACAAAGAGCCGUUACUUUGCAAAAAUCUUGCCUCUGACGGUAACAACGAAACUGACGAGGAGGAGGACGCCAGCAUGGAGAAUGCGAAAUCGCUCGUCGAUUCCUUUUUGCAUCGGUUAGGCAUGGGAGAUGACCCGGAAGAUGCCAGUUGGCUUACAAUGACGACUCGUGACUCCCGCACGGGCGACCGCUUGCGUGCGGGUGAGCUACUGAUAUCGCUCGAAAUCUUGCCUAAGCAUCUAGCGGACGUACGGUCGGCUGGGCUAGGGCGUGGCGAGCCGAACAACUUUCCGUUUUUACCAGAGCCUGUGGACCGCCUGCACCUCUCUGCUAUGUGGAAUCCCUGCUACGUGUUAGAGGCAUUGAUGGGGCCGAAGUACUAUCGUGCCUUUGCCUCGUUCUUGCUCGGCGCUAUCUUUUUCAUGCUCGUGUUGUUUGCCGGACCACUCAUCAACGUGCUCUUGAUGCUGCUUGAGCUGGUGCCCCAACCGUUUGGACUCAUUCUCUUCUUCUUGGUGCUGUCACUAUUGGUGGCCAUUCUCAUCUAUAUGGUUCGCCGUUGUCGCCGAGCUCUCAUCAGAGUGUCAAGUGAGAACGAUUCCAACGGACCAACGGGAGGAAAGAGUCAGAAGCGUAAGCCUCACCGCGCUCUGUACUGA